AUGGCUGAACUCGAUUGUGCACUGCGUCUUCUGCCGCUGGGAUCUGCACCAGGACCUGACAUGAUACAUGGGGAGGCACUACGGCACCUUGGACCAUGCGCGAAACACUCUGCCCUAACGCUCUUCAGCAAGAGCCUGCGCACUGGCAUCGUCCCACAGAGCCGGAGACACGGGAUUAUAAUCCUACUGCUGGAGACGAGCAUGCGCCUAUUGAGCUGUCCCGCACUAAAGGGUCUACGCUGUCACUUUGGGGUGGAUGGGGGCGACAUGGAGAAGUUGUGCUUUAUGCAGAAGUUGGCCAAAUUCCUGCUUGCAGUGGAAAGG